UCCAUGGGGUUUUGUCUUGUGCUCCUUCCACCUGAUGUUUCCCAAACCUUUUCCUGCCACAGGCGGGUAACCAGCACUGCCACUCGCGUUUUCAGUUCCACGUGUGAUUUUUACGUUCCUGUGUCAUGCCUCCCUCACCAAUCUUUUGCAAACUCUUUACGUUUGUUCAGUUGCCUCUCCUAUUUUUUUUUCCCUCAAAGAGCAGGUGGCGGUGACGCCUGAUUUGUGAGUGCAGUUAACACUGAGGAAACCUGGCCUGGAAAACACCCGCUGGAGGUACCGGGGAAGGCUGCCAACGCUGCGAGAUAACAUCGGCUCGCUUCAGUUCACAGCGGACGAGCACCAAUGGAAGGGGCCCUUCUACUUCAUCCAGGGAGCAGACCCUCAGUUUGGGCUGAUGAAAGCCUGGGCGGUUGGAGACACCAACAGCGGAGAUGACGAGUGGGGAGAAGAAAUCAAAUUAGCAGAGCAAGCGGUGCAGGCCGUUAACAAACUGAACCCUAAACCCAAGUUCUUUGUGCUGUGCAGAGACCUUGUCCAUGGCAUGCCAGGAACUCAAUGGAAAAAGGACCAAGAGCGAGAUUUAAAGAAUGUUCUUAAGAACACUGACCAGGACAUCCCGCUGGUAUUCGUCAGUGGAAACCAUGAUAUCGGCAAUACUCCAACCCAAGAAAGCAUCGAGAAUUACUGCAGGACCUGGGGAGAUGAUUACUUCAGCUUUUGGGUGGGAGGGGUUUGCUUUCUCGUGCUGAAUUCUCAGUUAUACUUCGAUUCUUCCAAAUGCCCCGAGUUAAAGCGAGCCCAGGAUCUGUGGCUCGAGGGGCAACUGGCUGCGGCUGAGAAACACAGAUGCAAACACAUCAUAGUAUUUCAGCACAUCCCUCUGUUUCUGAGGAAACCUGAUGAGGACCAUGAUUAUUUCAACUUGGAAAAAUCAGUCCGUCAAGAGAUAAUGGAAAAGUUUCAUAAAGCAGGCAUUAAAGCUGUAUUUUCUGGACAUUACCACAGGAAUGCGGGAGGGUCCUACAAAGGACUGGAGAUGGUGGUUUCAUCAGCAAUAGGAUGUCAGCUGGGAGAAGACACACACGGGCUUCGCGUGGUGGUUGUCACGGCUGAGAAGAUUGUUCACAGAUACUACAGCUUAACGGACCUGAGCAGCCAUGGCCUGGAGAAGGAGCUGCAAGAUCUGCUUGCUCAGCAAAACUAGGCUACCUCAAGUGAUGUGAUUGUUUUUUUCCACAUUAGACAAAUAAAAAGUUUCAGAAAGUUUCCCCAGGCUGGGAGAGUCAUUUCUGAUUGAGCACCAUGCCCCAGAACAGCUCCCAGCUUAUUAUCCUAAAACACGAGAAAGUUGUUUCUCCUUUUAGAAAUGAGACCUAUGAGGAAUAUGGAAGAAUAGCAGAACUAAUAUGGUAAGAACUGUUCUGAGAAUUUUUAUUUUGCUCCUCGGUAAGCCUUAGAGAGAAAGUGUAUCAAAGAGUGAGAGCUGGAGUUUGAGAUAACCCUCUAACACAAGUCUGGUUUACUUUUAUAUUUGAGAGGGCAUUUUAAAAUCAAUAUAUUUUGUGAUUUCUGUUACACUUUGUAUAAUAGAAAUGUGGAAUUUUUUCACUCUAUAAAAAAAUCUCCAAAGUUCUGCAAUCACCAGACUCGCACUGACUUUUAGCAACCUUUGCACCAGGUGUUGUUGCCUGGAGGUCAUAUUUUCUCCCAUUUCCCAUACUUUCAUUUUCUCAGCUCUUCAGAGCCAGCAGCAAGAGGACAGCAGUCACAGCCUGGAUUUCUGUUGUAUCCUACUUUUAUAUAAUGAAGAGUCUAUAAAUGAAGCUAAUAUAGAUGCCACUGACAGAAACUAGAUAUGGACUGUCUUCCUUUUGAAAUUUAACUACCAUUCAAUUAGCAUAUGUUUCUGCUGUAGCUUCAGAAGUUCGAAUAAUUGCUUGGGGAGAAUAUUCUGUCCAGAAUACUGUUAUCGGAAGUCACUUCAUUGAUUACUAGACAAUGGGAAAGCUUUGAUUUCCAAAUGCAAUUUAAGAGUGCCUUACUGUAAUAAUAAUUGAAAACCCGAAGACGUGUAUUUUCUUCACUGGAGUAAGUCUUUAAAAAUAAAUGAUAUAAAAAUAAA